AUGAUUACCGAGAAGGACUAUGUAAUCGCCUGGGACGCCGUCUCCGCCGACACCGCCUCCGACGCCUCCGUGCGGCGCUUCUGCGCCGACAACUGCCUCACACACGCCGAGAACCUUGAAGACCUGCGGGAGAUGUGUAGCGAUAUCGAGAUUGAGGAGUUCCCGUUUAUCGAUGCUAUGGUGUUUGCGAAUCUUAUAGAGGAGGAUAACGGUACUGUGGUCGCGGUGGGGAUUGAAUGCGAGUUUAGGGCCGCCGGGGCCGCCGGAGGGGAUAGGGAGGAGCUCUGGCGCCGCUGCUGUGGGGAGGGUGGGUACAGAGGCGAUGGUGGUGGCGUCGGUGAUUUGGGGGUUUGCGGUGUUAUGUUUAUGAAAUGA